AUGGGCCGCGUCCCCGUUCAGGUUUACUCCCAUUCGUUGGAAGAGCUCAUGCAGGCGGAAAAAUGGAUCCCGUCCGCCGGGAGAGACAUCCGGCUGGCCUACAUUUUUGCUCUUGCUAUAUGGCAGUACUACGACACCGAGUGGAUGCCGCAUCCUUGGACCAAGAGCAACAUAGAGAUCACCAGCGAGAUAGACAGCGACGAUUGUUACCCUUAUAUCAACCCUUCUCUGUGGCGUGGGCGGACAAGUUCAAAAGGCCGCGAGACACUCGAAGAGACGCGCAUCGCAGGAUACGGUACUGUUUAUCCCAAGCUCAUGGCGUUGGGGAUUCUGAUGGUUGAGCUGCGCAAGGGCCCGACCUAUGGCGACGGUAGCCAGACGGACAUGACCGAACAGAGAAUCCGCGAUAAUAUGGAUUACUUCAACUACCUGCCGCGCUAUGGGCGUGAUUGGAAUCCCGACUACGUCAACGUCAUUCGUAAAUGUUUCGACUCCUCACUGUUCCAGGGCUCGUCCGGUGUAGAAUCACGGCAGCACAUCAUCGAGCGAGAAAUUGUGAUACCGCUCGAAAGACUGUAUCGAUAUGCCGUCUGCAACGAGCCGCCCACAAGGGCCAUCACGGAGCCUGAUGAGUCGCCUGAUGCCGAAGCUUCGCAAAUUUCUAUCCAGGCUGCUGUAUCGUUGACGCCAGAGGAAAUAUGGAUCCAGGAACAGUUCAUGCAUGUUCAACCCAUAUUUGCGGAGCCAGGGACAAUCCAGCAAGUCAAGAUCGCCGUAUUCGAUACAGGUUGUAGCCCCGACGCACCUCAUUUCCGACAGCGCAGGCAUGAUUGGAGGCGGGUUGUCUGGCGCGACUUUGUCGAGACGAAUAAUCAGACGGCGUGGAAAGACGAAGAUACGACAGCUCGAUCGUUAGGGCACGGCUCUCUGAUUGUCUCGCUGCUCCUGAGAUUACUUCCCAAGGCCAAGAUUUUUGUCGGUCGGAUUGCACGGACUCGCAAAGACUUGGAGACCAAGGCCGCCAAACAGGCAAUCAAAGAUGCUAUAAGAUGGUCGGUCGAGCCAGAACAAGAUGUCGACAUAAUCAACCUCUCGUUCGGCUUUGACCAAGAGGUCACGGGCAUAUCCGACGCAAUCGAGGAAGCCAUCAGAGUGAAGAAACACAAGUUGCUUGUCUUCGCGGCCGCCAGCAACCAGGGCAACGGGAUAGAAAAGUUCCCAGCCUCCAUGCAUGCGAGUGUAAUCUCGGUCCGUGGCGCCGGGACCAGCGGGGAUCCGAUUCCGGCUUAUAACCCUAGACCGAUGGCCAGCACUGCGCCGCGAAUGUUCUGCACUCUGGCCGAGAACGUCCCAUGCGACUCGGCAGGCCACAAUAUGUCGGGGUGCUCGGUGGCAACGCCCAUUCUCGCGGCGACUGCCGCCCUGUUCCUGCAAUAUGCUUCUUUGAUGACAACUAAGGACCCGAAGGUCCAUGGAAGGCAAGUGCAAGCAUUGUACAAGAAGAACAGAAUGGAGGAUUUGUUUCGUUCGAUUGGCAGGCCAAUGCAGAAGGACCUUUGGUAUGUGCAGCCAAAGGAUCUCUUACGGGACUCGAAUACGGAUAUCGACCACAUCAUUAUGGCUGCGGAGAUUUGGACGAUCAUAGGUCGUCAAUUAGAGAUCGACGAAACAUGA